AUGGCCUGGUUGACAACAACACAGCUGCUGUUCCUACUGGUGUUGGUGGCUACCGCAUGGGGUGACCAGUUCAGGACUACGCAGGUCAGGACUGAACUUCUCAAUGUCUGCAUGAAGGCCAAGCACCACAAGGAAAAGCCAGGCCCUGAGGACAAGUUGCAUGACCAGUGCAGUUCCUGGAAGAACAACUCCUGCUGCUCUAUCAACACUAGCCAGGAAGCUCACAAGGAUAUUUCCAGCCUGUACAGAUUCAAUUGGAAUCAUUGUGGAAAGAUGGAGCCUGCCUGCAAGUGGCACUUCAUCCAGGAUACCUGCCUCUAUGAGUGCUCCCCCAACUUGGGGCCCUGGAUCAAACAGGUGGACCAGAGCUGGCGCAAAGAGCGGAUCCUAGACGUGCCCCUGUGCAAAGAUGACUGUCAGAGCUGGUGGGAGGACUGCCACACCUCCUACACCUGCAAGACCAACUGGCACAAGGGCUGGAACUGGACCUCAGGGCAUAACCAGUGCCCAACAGGAGCUUCCUGCCACCGCUUUGAUUUCUUCUUUCCCACACCUGCUGCUCUGUGCAAUGAAAUCUGGACUCACUCGUACAAGGCCAGCAACUACAGUCGAGGGAGUGGCCGCUGCAUCCAGAUGUGGUUCGACCCAGCCCAGGGAAACCCCAAUGAAGAGGUGGCAAAAUUCUAUGCUAAGGCCAUGAGUGGGGCUGAGACCCAUUGGGCCCAUCCUGUCCUGCUCGGCCAUGUUCUCCUGCUCUGGCUGCUCAGCUGA